UUCAGUUCUGUCACAUGGGGUAGUCGACUCAGUGAGUCAUUGUCAUCUGAUACUGUAAUAAAAGUGUUCAUCAUUUUUCUUUUUUUCCUCACAGGCUAGUGUUCUUGAUUUUCUCUUAACAAUGGAGUCCCGGCAGACUCCGGAUCGAACUAGUCGUAUGUUACACCAUUUUGAUGCUUAUAACACUGAGAUUAGCCACACAAGACACCUGUUGGACCUUCUCGGAGCACCUAACGACUCGAACCGUCGCCACAGAACUCAAACUCUCUCGUUAUCACUCGGCUCUUGCAUGCUCGGUUCAUCGUUUCCUGGGGCAGAAGAUACAGGUGAUGACUACCCUUUCAUAGGCCAUCCAACUACGUAUGUUAUAGGGAACUCGAGGUACCUAAUACCAGCUCAAUCCCUCUUAAACGAACUCGUCAAUGUCGGAUUCAAAAAUAUCGACGAAACACCAAAGCUUUCCUCCGAAUUCUUCAGAAGCAAGAUAGUACCAUCGCCCGAUAAACACGAACUUCACAUCACACUUACGAAGCUAAUUGGAUUACUUGAGGAGGUCGAAACACAAUACGAGAAAUAUAACAACCGAAUGGAACAAGUGGUUUCGUUAUUCGAAUCGAUUGUUGGUGUAGGAGCAGCAAGGUGUUACACUGCUUUGACAUUGCAAGCCAUGUGUAGACAUUUUGGCAAGCUUAGAGAUACCAUCUUGACUCGAAUAAAUUGCAUUAGAACGAAGGUUCGGCACGAUUUUAGGCAUAGUAACACAUUGUGUGUUCAAAGACAAGUAUGGAGACCUGUUAGAGGAUUGCCUCAAACCUCUGUUGCAAUACUUCGGUCUUGGCUAUUCCAGCACUUCCUUCACCCGUAUCCAACAGACUCUGUGAAGCUAAUGUUGUCAUCACAAACAGGGUUGACCAAGAACCAAGUAUCGAAUUGGUUUAUAAAUGCUCGAGUUCGGCUAUGGAAACCAAUGAUUGAAGAAAUAUACAAAGAGGAGUUUGCAGAUUCUCCACAACACGUCUCUCAUGAUCUUAUUGAGGGUUGAUUCAAGCAGUGGGAAAAAAAUUCUGAUCUUUCUCAUGAUAUGAUUUGAGACUUGGUUUUUGUUGAGGAAUCGACUCUUUCGAGAGUAUUUUUGAAGUGUCGUGUGUCGGGUAUUCAGCCAAUCCCUAAACAAUCAAAAGUAUUAUUCCUUGAUGUGGGGUUUUGUCUCCUUACUGUGCCGAGAGUCAAUAUUCCAUGAGCAGCUGUCUAGUGGGCCUGAUUCACAGAGUUAAAGCAUCUCAGUUGGUAGACUUGCAAGACUCAAGGUCUAAAGGAGAGGUGUUAGUAUAGGACGUAUAAUAAUUAAAAUUCAGUUGGGUGUACGGAGAGUUGAACCACCAAUUUGAGGCAUAUAAGCCACUUACCUGCAAUUGUGAUACCAUUUGAGUUAAGUGUCUUCUAGGCCUUAGGUUGGUGUUUGAGUCCUCGUGUAUGCAAGUGAGCUUUAAUUAUUACACAUCUUGCUAACAUAUCUUCUUUAAGUUUUGUAAGUACACAAAUCAAUGCACUCCCAACUUUGCGUA